UUUCGCCUGGUAUAAAAGGACGUCCUCUUACCGCAUACCAAUACAGUAGUCUCUUAGCUACAGCUCAACGAAUUCUGUAAAGAUGAAGACCAUCCUCGUCCUCGUCGCCCUCGUGGCUUGCAUCGUCUCCGCGUACGCUGGCAUCUCCUACACCGGCUACGCCGCCCCUCUUGCCUAUGGCCACUAUGCCGCUCCCGCCUACGGAUAUUCCUACAGUGCCUACGCCCCCGUUUAUGGCUACGGCUACGGUGGCCCUUACGCAGCCCCCAUUUACGGCGGACUCUACAAUGGACUCAUCCGCAAGUAGAUUUGUCCCAGCUCAUCCGUUCCAAGACUGUGUAUUGAUGCAAUAAAAUAAAAACGCACUGUGUACUUUAAGCACUCU